AUCAAAAACUCUAAACUCGAUUGGAAAAUUCACGAGUUUAUCUGAUUAUCAAAUACAAUAUUUAAAUAAAAUUAAUCUUGGACAGUUUAUCAUAUUUUAAAUUCCAGAAUUUAAAACUUAGAGUUCCCAGUGACUACUUCCCAGGUGCAGAAAUAAAAAAAAAAACUUAAGAUACAGAAUUUCAACUCCCGGCUCUAGCUCUGACUCUGACUUUGACUCUGGCUCUUGUUUUCGGUCUCACUCUGUCUCUGUAAUCAAUUUUUAUCAGCAAACAAAACCUGUCGAGUUGGCCAGUCAUAACAUAAAUGUUCAAACUUAUUAUUUAAUUUUUAAAUUCGGAUACAAAUAAAUAAAAUUGUCGUGUCUGAGUGUCAAGUGAAUUGUCUCCAAAAUGGUAAAGUCAAAAUCUCAUGAGCGGACACCAAAAGCUAAAAACAAACAUUUGAAUCACGUCCAUCAUAAAAAAGAAACCGAGUCAUCAAGAAUGAAUCUGAUGAAUUCAGUGCUGACGGUGACGUGCAUGGCAGUGGCUGCUUGGUUUGGUUACAAAGGUUAUCUGGAGACGAGAGUCAACACUCCAUUUGAUUCAGAGAAGCUUGUGGCUAUCAAUGGCCUGGACACAGCAGAUCGAUACUGGGGUUCGUACCGACCGGGUUUGUACUUCGGGAUGAAGACACGAGAUCCCCAGUCUCUGGUGAGUGGUCUCAUGUGGUACCGGCCUCACAAUCUGCGCCAAGGAGGCGAAAGUUUCAGGCACUGGUGCGAGCAGGGAGACAAGUUGGACAAGUACGGAUGGCUGGAGCACGACGGCAAGACUUUUGGAGUCCAAGAAAUCCACGACGGCGACUUGAUUAUCAAAACUUCGUACGUCAAGAAGCCGGGAGGCCGACACGGGGGUGACUGGACCGCGCGGAUUGGAGUUACGUCCAAAAAUCAAGAGCCCAAGGACACCAAAGACGUCAAAGAUCUUCAGAAGGGCCAGGAGAUAUCGUUUAUAUUUUAUUCGGCCCUCGAGGAUAAGUCGACGGGGAACAUAAAAGCAUCUCUGGGUGCCGACAACCGGCUGUCGGGCAUGGAAGGCUACACGGAUGGUCUAGGUGCUUAUAGAUUCAGUAUGAACCCUACCAAGGGCACGGUCGAGGAACACUCGUUCCUGAUCGCCGUCACGCCGGGAUUGAACCUGGUGAAAGAGACUAUUCUUCAGAAUCUGAGGCUUGCGUCCCAGAAAGGCUCAAAUGUAAAGCGGAUCGUCUUGGGCGGGGAUCAGCUGCCACUUGACAACGAAGGCAAGAAGAGCGAUCCGAAUUUCUGCGCCACUCAGGUCACUGCCAAGGUUCCAUUUGAGUUCGAAGUUUUAUUCGAGUCUGGAAGCGUUCCGUUGCGCAAAGAGAAACUCACGGGAAAGAACUUUGAGGCCGCGCUUUCUGAACAGCGGAAGCGGUUCAAUGACAAGUUUGAAAAAAUUUUCAAGCUUACGGAGAAAGGAUUCAAAGAGGACGCGAUUGAAUUUGCCAAGUACGCGUUCUCAAAUUUAAUUGGCUCCAUCGGAUACUUUUACGGCAGCUCCCAGGUCCAGAGUGUGCACACAAAAAGUCCAGUUCCUUAUUGGAAAGCGCCGUUGUACACUGGAGUUCCCAGCAGAAGUUUCUUCCCCCGAGGAUUUCUGUGGGACGAAGGGUUCCACGGACUGCUGAUUGCUACUUGGGACCUGGACAUAGAAAUGGACAUAAUGAGCCACUGGUUCGAUCUGAUGAACUCCGAAGGUUGGAUUCCACGUGAAAUGAUCCUGGGGUCCGAAGCACUGGCCAAAGUUCCUGAGGAAUUCGUGACUCAGAUCAGCACCAACGCGAACCCGCCGACGUUUUUCCUGACACUGCAGUACAUUUUGAACACCCGCGAGUCCGAGCUGCUGGACAGACACUACAAACUCCUAGACAAACUUUACCCGCGACUGCACGCCUGGUUCGAGUGGUUCAACACCACCCAGGUCGGAGACCUACCCGGCACUUAUCGUUGGCGCGGACGCGACAGUUUAACCAACCGGGAGUUGAAUCCCAAGACACUCACAUCCGGUCUUGAUGAUUAUCCAAGAGCGUCACAUCCGAACAUUGACGAGCGACACGUGGACUUGAGAUGCUGGAUCGCAUUCGCUGCAGGAGUGAUGACGCGGCUGGCCGAGCUGCUUCAUCACCCAGCUGACAAAUAUCGCGAGACUCACCGCUACCUCACCGACAACGAUGUGCUCAACACCUUGCACUGGUCACCAACCAGCCAAUCCUACGCAGACUACGGUCUCCAUACCGACAAAGUCGAGCUCCGAAGACCCAGUGCCCCUCCAAGAUCUCCAGCUUCUCCGGAGCUGAUUCGCAUUGUCCUAGAAGACCCGAGUUUGAAAUUCGUCGACACAACCUUCGGUUACGUCUCCCUGUUCCCCUUCAUCUUGCAGGUGAUAAAACCCGACUCGCCACACCUAGAAAAAGUUCUCGGGGAUUUAGCAAAACCUGAGCUGCUCUGGACCAAGUACGGGCUCCGUUCCCUGGCGAAAACUUCUCCUCUGUACGGCAAAUACAACACCGAGCACGACCCUCCCUACUGGAGAGGCCCCAUAUGGAUAAACUUGAACUACUUGACCCUGAGGGCGCUCAACUGGUACGCGGAGACUCCAGGUCCUUAUCAAGCCAAAGCUAAAAAAAUUUACCAAGACUUGAGAGAGAACAUAAUUAAAAGCAUGCUGAUGCAGUUCAAAAAAACUGGGUUCAUUUGGGAGAACUACGGAGAUGUUUAUGGUGAAGGAAAAGGGAGCCAUCCAUUUACCGGGUGGUCUUCUCUGGUUGUCAUGAUCAUGGCAGAGAUUUAUUAGAUUAUUUGUCAGUAGUUAGUUAAUUUAUUUUGGUUUUUUCUUCAUUUAAUACGCAGACUUUCGCGGACAAUCAUUUUUUUAUCGCGACGUUGAUUGGGACCGGUGUUUAUACUCUCGAUUACUUGUCUUUCGAGUCAUUUUUUUAUGUUUAAAAUUUUUUUUAUAUAUACAAUUUAAAAAUUUCUACGCACUUUAUAUAGAUAACUGCAGUAGUUUACAUUUUGUACUGAACAAAAAUUUUUGAGUGAAAUUUUUACCGGUAAUUAAAAAAAGAUGAAGACUUCCGGUUUAGCUUAAAAAAAUUAUACUUCUAAAAGUGUAAACUUAAUUAAAUUUAGAUACUUUUUUUAUAUUUCUAUGGGUCGAGAUUUUGAUUAUUGAAAAUUUAUAAGCUUUCGCUACUUGUUUUUUUUUAAGUAAAAAAAAGUUAAUGGUUAAGUGAACCGCGAGUCCACAUGUGAAAAGUUCACACAAUUAAUUUACAUAAAAGUGAUUAUUUUUAAAAUUUAAAUGAAUUGAAAUAUUCAAAUUUUGGCGGGUAAUUUAAAAAAAUGUGUUCAUUUAUAAAAAAAAUUGUUAAUUUAAAUUAAUUUGAGCACAAGUUAAAGUCGAGGAUAAAACUCACUCACGAUUAAUUUUAAAAAUUUUUUAAAUUUAAUUCGUGAGCUGGUACUCACUAGAAAAAUUUAAUUUACUUCUAUUAUUAUUAUUAUUAUUAUUUAUUGUCGACUGAUAAAUCGUGGCAAUAUUUAAAUUAUUAUUUAUUAGAACAAUUAUAAAUGUUUAAUUUGUAAUUAAGGUUUUUUAAAUUAACGUGUAUUUGAAAAUGAAAAAUAUUAUGAUCUUAGCCGACAUCUAAUAAUUUUUGAAAUUUAUUCA